UGUGAGAGAGUCUGGGAGUGGCAGGAAGGAGGAGAGGCAGAGGAGAAAGAGGAAGAAAGAGGAGGAGGAGGAGAAAGAAGAGGUUGAGCAGCUGAACACGAAUCAGGAUUUUCCUGAAUAUUUACAGAGCAUCCUUCCAUUUACGGCAGCAGUAUGGCUGAAGGCUCAGUGUCUGUAGCAGAGGUGGAGACCUCCUUCCAGAAGUUUGCAGUCCAUGGAGACACUAAGGCCACAGGAAAGGAGAUGAACGGCAAGAACUUUGUAAAGAUCUGCAAAGACUGCCACAUCAUCGACGGCAAGAAUGUCACCACUACGGAUGUUGACAUUGUUUUCAGCAAAGUCAAGGCAAAGUCAGCUCGUGUCAUCACAUUUGAGCAAUUCGACCAGGCCCUGACAGAGUUGGCUCCCAAACGUUUUAAAGGCAAAAGCAAAGAGGAGGCACUUCAGCAGCUCUAUGGUCUCAUUGUUGGUAAGGAGCCUACCAACUUGGGAGUCACUAAAGUGGCAAAGGCACCAGCAGUGGACAGACUGACCGAUACCGCCAAAUACACCGGAGCGCACAAGGAGCGGUUCGACGUGUCAGGCAAAGGAAAAGGAAAGGCCGGGCGCGAGGACAUCCCAGACUCCAGUGGCUAUGUGGCAGCUUACAAGGGCAGCGGCACUUACGAGGAAAAAGUAAAAGAAGCAUAAUUCUGCUGACAGAUUAUGAAAACUUUGUUUCACCAACAACUUUUUAACAAUUAGGAUUGUUAGAAAAAAAUGACAAAAAUUAAUUGGCUCUUCUAUUUUUGAAGGCAAAACACUAUAUACUGUAUACUGUAUAUAAUUAGCAUUCACCACACUUUUAAUUAAGAACAAACGAAAAAAAAACAUGUAAUUGGAGUUUCAAGGUUUUCAUAAGUGACAACCAGGAUAGGAAUUAAAGAAAGAAUUUCCUGAAAAUAAUCCAAAGAUAACAAAAAUACUUAGCUGCAGUAAGUAUAGAAUGUUCUAUGGGUCGUAUGAACAACUGAUAGUAGCCAAGCAUGUUUUAAAGAAACUCACUCUGCUUUGUAGUAUAGCUUAACGCUGUGCCUCACCGAUGUAGCCGCUAGCGUGAAUGCUCUGAUAUACAGUAAUGUGCUGCUACUCUCAGUUACCUUGAUGCAAUGGCUGAUAAUUUAGCUGGCUUUAAGAAAUGACACAUUAGACACUCCCUCACUUACUAAGCUUAUCGUUUUAUAUUUCAGUGCCUUUUAUUUAUACAUGACCAAUCAGUGCCCAUUAUAAUACUUUUUCAAAUACAGUAUGUAGAAAAAUAUAAAAAGCGGUGAAGAACACAAUGAUACUGUAGUGCUGAAGCUACAGUACAAGAUACUCUCAUUAUCCAUUAUUUCUUCCUUACUAACAACAUUAUUUGCUUAUAAUGUAUUCUUUCAUGCUGUUUUAUUUUGUCCCAGGUUGAACAAAUUAAGAAUUAAAGGCUGGAAAAUGCAUUUAAAUAGAAGUGAAUGUAAAGAUUUAAAUAGAUGUCCGACAAUGCACUGAAAUAACAGUUUAACUUGGAUAUAUAUUAUUAUUUAUAAUACUUCAUGUAAUUUAAAAUUUGUGAAAGUAACGUGUGUGAUGUUGCAGUGUAGCAUCAUAGGAGAAGAAAAGUUUAAUUAUUUUUUGAGAAAAAUUUGUAAGAGUUUACAUUAUAAUCUUCUCAAAAUCAACUUUUAGACCCUAACACUAGCUUUAACAGACACAGUGCUGUGUGGUAUCUAAGCAGUUGUACAAUUUAAUCAGUGUGAUACACAAUGUACAUACUUGUUUGUUGCAACCAUGCUACCUAUAUAGACUUCUUUUUUUUUUUUAAUGACAACAAUCUGUCACACAUUUUGCUUAAUGAGAAUAUAUAACAUGGUAGGCCUACAAGAAAGACCUGAAAAAAAUCUGUCUGGUGGAUUUAAUACAAUGAAGGUUAAAGAUAAUAACCCUCAUCUAUGCCUUGCUGAUUUCAAGAAAUAUCUGGGUUACAAUUUCACAACAAAAAGAAUCCUUGUAGAACAAUAAACACUCAUCCUCUUCCUGGACCCUCCUUGUAAUGUGACACUGAUGGUAUUUAUGGAACCAUUAUAACAGUGCUUAUUGUAUGGUGCACAUGUUUUAAGAUCACUUUCUUCACACUAUAGACCUGAGCUGAUAAGCAUCAUCUGGGUUUUGUGUGGAUACUGUCAUUGAAUUUCAUAAUUCAAAGCCUGUAUUCUCUGCAUUGCCACGCUCAACUCUAAUCACUGAGAUCUUGUCAUAUAAUGAAUAAAUAAUCCAAUAAAUAAUGCUGUAGUAGAA